AUGGUACGAUGGCGGGGCGCCGAAUUCCUAUUUUUCGUCGGCUACACGACACUCCUAUUCGCAGAUGUCGAAUCAAUCCGUUGUCAUUGUUCAACGGAUGCGGGUGGAAUCCCGUGCAAUCGAGCCCUCGAAUGGUGUGAAGUGCGGAAUUUGAAUGACAAGGUCGGCGCAUGCGCAAUUGUGGGCAUCGGAAGCCAAUUAAAAACGGCUUGCGUGCGGAUAAAGCCCGAUUCCGAAGACGCAUGCAAAGUGGACAAAGAUGAAGACGGGAGGACGCGGACGCGUUGCUGGUGCAAAAGCGGCGACUACUGCAAUAUGGAUAUGAUGGAUGAGUUGGAUAACCAGCCGAGCAGUGAAGAGAGCAACGAUGUCGUCGAGGAGCCGCAGGAGGAGUUCCAGAUUGAGAAGAAUUAUGAUGAGCAGCGUGAGCAACAGCACCGCCAACCUGUGGCUCGUCCUCAAAAUUCACUUCUACAUACGUCAUAUGAGGCCGAAACUCGGUCCGGUAAACGUGAAGAUGAACUACUGUGGGAACAGCAAGAAGCUGAAGCCAAGAGGAGGCUGAUUGAGGAGAGAACGGCCAGGGAACGCUCGGAGCGAGCUCGAGCUGAAGACGAACAGCGACGGCGGCAGGAGGUGGAACGCCAGAGGGCUGAGCACGAGCGGAAACAGGCCGAAGAAGCUCACCGACGUCGUCUGGACGCUGACCGACAGAGAAAAGAAGAAGAAGACAGAAAACGUUGGGAAGAGGAGGAGGAGAGGAUGAGGAAAAUGGCCAAGGAGGAGGAAGAGGCAGAGAGAAGGAGAAAGAUAGAAGAAGAAGAGUCGAGGAGGAGACAUGAGGUGAUGAGGUUGGCAGAAAAGCGCAGAAAAGAAGCUGAAGAAGAAACUCGUCGUCGAGCUGAUGCUCAGAAGAAGAAGGAGGAGGCGGAGAGACUUACCAAGCAACGCGCCGAAGCAGAAGAAGCUGAAAGAUUGAGGAUGGAGCGCGAAAAGCAGGAGCGGGACGAGAAAGAGAGAGAAGAGGAGGAAGAGGCCGAGCGGAAGCGACGAAUCCAACAAGCUCAGGCUUCAGCUGUGCACCGCAGUCACUUACAUAACCAUUUGCAUGGCCAUAAUUAUCGCGCCUAUCACGACCAGGACCCACCAGUAUCAGCACCGUCAAAGCCCAGAAAUCCCCCUCCACGCCGCUCCAACUACCGCCCUCUCGACGUCGCCCAAAUUCUUAAUAACAACCCAACCACUACAACACUUCCCCCAACCUUCCCGACCGCCGUUGAAGGCCUUGGCAUUAUUAAGAUUAAAGGUUAUAUCUCGGAAGAAACCCCAGAAGAAACGACAACUACUACCAGAACAACCACCACUACCACUACUUCAACAACUUCUACCACAACAACAACAACAACCACGACAACAACGACUAAACCAGCCAUGAAAGAAGAACCAAAAGACAAAGAAUCUGCCGAAUCUAAAGAAAAAGUCGACUGGCGUGCGAAAUAUAAGAAAGUUAUUGAAGACGCCGAGGCUGACGCUGAGAAAACGGAAGAAGUUAGCGAAGAAGUCAACCCGUUCCUGGAACCCCGGCGCGAAGCCGUUGCCCCCGACUCGGCCACGCUCCCAAAUAUCAUUUCCUUAUUUGCUUUUAUCAUUGUUAUUUAUAUUCUCGAAUUA